AUGGCCAAGAAAAAGCCGCGUUUUGUGGAAAAUAUAGACAAUAUUUUAGCUACAACUCAAACUAAGGAGAAUCAGGAGCUGCUGUUUACAUUCAGAGGAGUGCUGUAUCCAAAACGCCUUUGUAGUCUUGAGACCUUUGAAGCAGUGGCAGCCAUGGAAGCGAGAAAGGACGAUAGGCUGAUUGUUGCUUAUCCAAAAUGUGGUGAGUAUCCUGCUUUUAAUGGAAUUAAAGAGGAAUGGAUUGGGUUACCAAUUGCUAUCUGAUCACAUAUGAUUCAUAUGUUUAUUUCCCCCAUGUAACCUGGAUUUACAGUUUCCAUGUUUUGUUGUGCUUUUCAUAAACGGGGAUUUUGAAUGCAAAACCUGCAAACCUGAGCAGCUGACUUCACAAUGAAUAAUAAGCUGUCGUGUGGAAGUGCCGUCAAAUAAAGUUUGAACAAGGAAACCAGUGUUUAUUUGAUACCCAAAAUGAACUGAAAUGGGUCCCAGGUGAAUACAUUUUGGGUUGCCUGGACUGACUCUUUCGUCAGUGGCUGAGCACUCCACAACAGCCAUGAGCAGCGACUGAAGGCCCUCUUUUAUGUGGAGAGGAGAUGUGUGCCUCAUAAGUCCUUGGCUACAACCCAUCCUCCAUGUGGCUCAGUGAUGCCUCUGAAAUGGAAAGUAUAGUCUCUUCCAAAACUAGGCAGCACGUUACCAACAACAGGUAGGGAGGAGGCUGUGGCAAGGCUGGGCUGGGGCCAAGUGGGGAGGAAGCUCUCUCACAUAAGAAGAGGGAAUAAAAGACUGCAGUCUCCAGGGCCAGCCAAGGGGCUUGCAUGGUGGUGACAGCCAUUUAAUCUGUAUUUAUCAUUUCCAUGUUUUGUUGUGCUUAUCAGAAAUGGUAAAUGGGGAUUUUGGAUGCCGUUGAAAACCUGCAUGCAUGAGCACCUGCGUCCACAAUGAAUAAGCUGUCAUUUGAAAGUACCUUCUGUUGCAAUUUGACAAACAAACCUUGCAUGGUGUCUAUGGCUUUGUUGUGACACUUGGUGUGGUCUUGUGACCCUCUGGUUGAAAAUCUGUGAUUAAAGUUGACUGGCAUACAUGAACAUAACUUUGCAUUUGGUUGCGUAACUUAAGCUCCAGCAAACCAUAUAUGUCUUAAUUGCUUUUAUGUUGUAGGUACUAAUUGGAUGCUCAAAAUAGUAAAUGACAUGAUAGCUGUGAUUCCAAGUUACAAGGACUUACCACCACUAGAAAACUGCCCAAUACUUGAAUUUGGACCGCCCACAAAACUUCAGGUUGGCAUGAUUUCCAAGUUACUCUAGCAAAUGAUCAGUGCUUACAUGUACCAUACAGAAGGCAGACACUUUACAGCUAUUAUAUGUGAUUGUGUAGCAUACAUAAGAGAUAGCGUUAGAUUUGUUGAACAUUGAAGCCAAUUUUCGAUAACCACAGAAAAUAUACCAGCUUUUAAUAUAUCUCUUUUCAUUAAAAAUCAAUUUACAAAUGGAAAGCAAAAUAGAAUAUACGUGUCAUCCUAUGUUCCUCAGAGGACAUAACCAUUUACUUGAUGGAGGUGCUUCUCAAAAACAGUGAAUUAUCCCUAAUAUCUGUACUUUUUGCAUUUCAUUUCCCCCUGACACCACUUUUUAUAGCCACACCACUCAAGCCUGUAUACUGUAAAUAUAAUUGCAACUCAGGAUAACAAUGUAUCUGAAUCUCAUGCUAAAAUCUGUUAGUUUUUAAGGUGUGAUGGGGAAGUUUUUUGGGGGGACGCGGGUGGUGCUGUGGUCUAAACCACAGAACCUAGGACUUGCCGAUCAGAAGGUUGGCGGUUCGAAUCCUCAUGACGGGGUGAGCUCCCAUUGCUCGGUACCUGCUCCUGCCAACCUAGCAGUUUGAAAGCAUGUCAAAGUGCAAAUAGAUAAACUGGUGGGAAGGUAAACGGCGUUUCCGUGUGCUGCUCUGGUUCACCAGAAGCGGCUUAGUCAUGCUGGCCACAUGACCUGGAAGCCAAUAAAGCGAGCUGAGCGCCGCAACCCCAGAGUCAGCCACGACUGGACCUAAUGGUCAGGGGUCCCUUUACCUUUUUAGGCAAGUUUUUAAUGUUUGAUGUUUUAUUGUGUUUUUAAUAUUCUGUUGCGAGCCACCCAGUGUGGCUGGGGAAACCCAGCUAGAUGGGUCGGGUAUAAAUAAAUGAUGAUGAUGAGUCAUCAUUUUUGCUGUGAAAGGCUAACACGGCUAUUCCACUGGGAAUCCUUGCUACUAAUAUUCCUGUGCUUCCAUGAUGGGGGGAGAUGACUUUAAUAAGUUUAUGAGGUAAAAUGGGGGUAGGAGUGAGUAUUUAGAAUCAUAGAUUUGUAUAAUUGUAGUAGUAGUACUACUACUCCAAACCCAUUGUUUACUUUGUUGUUUUCUAUUUUUAUCAUGUAACUCAAAGUACUAAUCCCCCCCCCCCCAAUUAUAUGAAUCAAUAAAAAGGAGGAAAUAACAACUUCCCUAGAUCCUGAAAUGACAACAACAGAUCAACAUUCCUUUAAUUCUCAUUCCAGGAGCUGGAAAAGCAGCCUUCUCCGCGUAUUAUUUCUACACAUCUCCAUUAUGAUAACAUUCCCAAAUCUUUUAUUGAGAAAAAGGUGAAGGUAAGUGACUAGGCUCCUAUGAGAUAUUGAAGGAGUCUCCUAAAACCUGUGUGAGAGGCUCUCUCCCAGAGCCCAGCAAGCAAGACUGAGAGCAUAACAGCUCUCUCUGCCUUGCAUGGGGGCCAAUGGCCUGCUUGAUGCUCCAGCCCUGGAAGGUUUGGGGUGUUUACACAUUUCUGGGGUUCUGAGGUUCUGGGGUUGUUGUGGCUACACAAGAUUUAAGGUUCACGUGCAAUUCUCAGAACCUAACCCCUGCGCAAGUUGCUAGUCAAUUGUAGUUCAUAUCACCGGAUGACAUAACUUGCUUUAAGCAACAAAAUCUAAUAUCUCUUUCUUUCUUUUUAAAUAGAUGCUGGUCGUUUUCCGAAAUCCCAAAGAUGCUGCUGUAUCCUAUUACCAUUUUUACAACAAAAACCCUGUUCUUCCAGAUGUCGGUUCUUGGGAUGAUUUUUUUCCAAAGUUCAUGAGUGGCGAAGGUAUAUCAUAUUAGAAGUUCUCACUUUCUGUAUUUCUGAAACUUCCCACAAAGUAUUUGUGUACAGUGUCUUUUCAGAUGAAAGGGAAACGAGUUACAAAUGAGCAGGGCUCUUGAUUGCAAGAAAAAGCCCACAGUCAAUGUUUCUUUUACUCAGAUUUGCAUCAUCAAUUGAUAAUGAGAUUGUGUUGUUAUUAUUAUUAUUAUUUAUUAGAUUAUAUAUUGCCCUUCGUCAGAAGGUUUUAGGGCGGUUCAUAUUAUAUAAAAAACUGGAAUCUUACAGUGGCACUCAGGGCUAUUGCCUACCACAAAGGAGGAACCCAGUUAAUCUGAAGGAGUUUUAGAGCUCAGACUGAUUUCCCCCCCCCAUGUUUCUAAUUUCAGAUUAGUCAAUGCUGAACAUACUUAUGCAGGAUUUCCCCCAUGACAUCAGGACCUCUGCAGCAAUCAUGUCAUUUGUUUUAAGAGCUUAACAAAUGGCAAAUUCUAAAUAGUCACAACCACCUUUGUUUUUUGACCUGUCCAUUUCAAGAGAUACACACACAUUGGUCUCAAGAACUGGACAACUUAGAAAUAGUCAACCACCUCAGCAAGCAAAACUCUGGCUGCACUUGCCCUCUUCUGCAAGUAUAAUAUCCCUUUUCUUGAGACAUUUUAUACCAGCCCUUUAGUAUAAUAGGUAUAGGUGACCCUCGUGUCCCUUUCCAGUUCUACAAUUGCAUGGUUCAAUCAUAAGAAUGAAUAUUAUGUUCAUUUAUAUGAGCAGCAACAAUUUUUAAAAGCCUUGCAGACAGGCCACAUAUGGUAAAAGACAUCCCCCCCCCUUUCUAUUCCCUUAGUGGCCUAGGCACCUAUAGAAGUUCAGUGGCAGCAUCUCUUUCAUAUGCAGAAGGUUCCAGGUUUAGUCCUCAGCACCUCCAGGUUCGCUUGUGGAAGAGCCCGUCCGAAACCCUGCCAAUUCACGGCCAGUCAUAAAUGCCAAAGUGAAUUUAGGCCUCCUUUCAAUUUCUGAUGAUUUGUGUACAGAUUUUACAUGUCAUGAAAAUAGCUCCAGUGUCGGGUUAAAGUGAAUGAAUGAAGUGCUGUACCUUGGUUCUCAAACAGAAUCCAUUCCAGAAGUCCGUACGACUUCUGAAAACGUUCACAAACCAAAGAACGGAUUCCGAUUAGCUGCAGGAGCUUCUUUCACUCAGUCGGAAGCCAUGUUGGACGUUCGACUUACCAAAAAUGUUCGCAAACCGGAACACUCGCUUCCGGGUUUGCAGCGUUUGGGAGUCAAAACGUUCGAGUCACAAGGCAUUCGAGAACCAAGGUACAACUGUAUUCUGAUGUCAUUCCCCCCCCCUCCAUGCUUUGAAAUAUGCUGUUUGCAUUUUAUUUCAGUUUGCUGGAAAUCCUACUUUGACUAUAUCCUUGCUUGGGACAAACAUGUGGAUGAAGAAAAUGUCAUGAUCAUCACGUAUGAAGAGCUGAAAGAAGUGAGCAUUCUUAGAUACUGAGAUAAUGAUUUCACUUUUCUUCUGCUAUGGCUACUAUUAAGUAUGAGUAUUUUAUUCUAUAUGUAUAUUUCUCUUUUGUUAGAAGGUUUGGAUAUUUAAAUGUCUUAAAAUAUAUUUUUUUAAAAAUAUGGCCCUGCACUUGAUUAAAUACUAAGCACACCACUAUGCCAGUGUGAUUAAGUUUUGUGGUGUAAACUCUUUUUGCAUAUUGAUAGGCUUGCACUUAAUUUAUUUUUGGUUUUUUUAUAGUUUAUUUGGGACUUUGAAUAACUAAGUUUAUUUUUUAAUUAAAAGGAAUAUGGCUGAUUGAAUAUAUGACACACUGGAAAUGGAAAAGAUCGGUAGCAGAUAUUUGAAAAAAGAAAUGCUUUUCAAGAAUCUAAGUUACAGAAGCAAAUAGAAAAUUAAAUGAUGGUACCUUCGCUGUGGCGGGAGGCAGGUGGCGCUGUGGGUUAAACCACAGAGCCUAGGACUUGCCGAUCAGAAGGUUGGCGGUUCGAAUCCCCGCGACGGGGUGACCUCCUGUUGUUUGGUCCCAGCUCCUGCCAACCUAGCAGUUUGAAAGAACGUCAAAGUGCAAGUAGAUAAAUAGGUACCGCUCCAGCGGGAAGGUAAACGGUGUUUCCGUGCGCUGCUCUGGUUUGCCAGAAGCGGCUUAGUCAUGCUGGCCACAUGACCCGGAAGCUGUACGCCGGCUCCCUCGGCCAAUAAAGUGAGAUGAGCACUGCAACCCCAGAGUCGGUCACGACUGGACCUAAUGGUCAGGGGUCCCUUUACCUUUACCUUCGCUGUGACAAUGUUUCUGUGUUUCCUUUCACACUGCACUUCUUUUGCUAAUAUCAGAUGCACCUCUUUAGGAAGCUAUAGCACAUACAUUUAUGAAUAUAUUUAUUUAGAUGUUUAGCCUGCCCAAUUAUCGAGUCUUAGGGCUCUACCUUUGUACCAAAUAUAUUUAUGAAAUCAUAACUAACUUUACUGUUAUUUUCCAGAAUCUUCACGAAGGAGUGAAGCGCAUAGCUGAAUUUUAUGAGCUGCCUCUGUCUGAUGAAAUGAUUAAGUCUGUUGCAGAGAGCUCUACGUUCCAAGCAAUGAGCAGUAAAUCUGAAGAAACACAUGGUCGGUUUGCUCCUGUCCUUUUCAGGAAAGGUACUGCAGUACUGUAUUGAUUUUAUGCCACUCGUUUGCACUGAAUUCUCUUUCUUCCAGUAACACAAGCGCCCUCUAGCGGUGCCAUUUAUGGGGGGGCAGGACAACUAAACAUUAUAUUUUGUCAAUACAGUGGUACCUCGGGUUACAUAUGCUUCAGGUUACAUACGGUUCAGGUUACAGACUCCACUAACCCAGAAAUAGUACCAUGGGUUAAGAACUUCGCUUCAGGAUGAGAACAGAAAUCGUGCUCCGGCGGUACGGCAGCAGCAGGAGGCCCCAUUAGCUAAUGUGGUGCUUCAGGUUAAGAACAGUUUUAGGUUAAGAACAGACCUCCGGAACGAAUUAAGUACUUAACCCAAGGUACCACUGUAUUUUGAAACUAGUUUUGCUCCAUUUCCCUCUUCCUCACUCCCAUCCCACAUAUAGAACCAAAGUUCAAAAACACUGAGAACCCCUAUAAAGCCUCUGUAAGAGCAUUCUGCAAUAAUUAGAACAAGGAAGUAUUCUGGUCCAGAAGAGUUUGCACAUGUCAUAUUUUAAAUAUGCCAAAUUAGUCUGCAAAAGUAGAAGUUACUUGUGCUGUGACAUCACAGUUUUCUGCAUUCUCUCCUAUCAAUAAUAAUAAUAAUAAUAAUAAUAAUAAUAAUAAUAAUAAUUUAUACCCUGCCCAUCUGGCUGUGUUUUCCCAGCCACUCUGGGCGGCUUCCCACAAAACACUAAAAUACAAUAACCUAUUAAACAUUAAAAGCUUCCAACUAUGUAGAGUACGAGGCAUAAAAACCAUGAGUCCAGGGCAGCUCAUGUUUUACUAUGUCAAUAAUCAAACAAGACAACUAAAACUGUGAAGAGUGGUCUAAGUGAUCAGGGAGUUGGGGAUCUUAUUGAACUUGAAAGGUUCUAGGUGGACAAGCACAGGACUGCACAGUGGGAUAGAUGCAAUUCAGUGGGGCUUAUUUGCAAGUAGGUUGGGAUAGAAAUAAUGCCUAAGUGUUAUGACUGUAAACAGAUUAGCCACAGUAGAGUUUGCACAUGCCAUGUUUUAAAUAGGCCAAAUCAGUUGUUUAUAACAAAGCAGCUUCUGCAAAAGUGGAAGUUACCUGUGCCAUGACAUCACAGUUUUCUGCAUUGUCUCCUGCCAAUAAUUGCCAGUUAUGUGGAAUAAGAAGCAUAAAAGCCAUGAGCCGAGGGCAGCAAAUAAUGAAACAGUACAGUUAAGAAAUUAAAAAGCAGUUUAAAACAACUUAAAACAGUUUUAAAAAAAUUCUAAGCACAGUGGACUGCACUCCACGAUCUGCAUCCGGUUCAGGAAUGUGUGACGUUUGCCUGUAUUAAAAAUGUUAGCACUUGGGUGAGUCUUGGAAAUUACAAUAUUUGGGUCAAGGAACACAGAACAAAGCAGAUCCAGGGAUGGAACUGGAGCCAGUGGCAUAGCAUGGGGGGCCUAUAGAGGCAGUUGCCCUGGGUGCAAAAUUCUUAGGAGCCCAAAAUUUCCACUUUUCGCUCAUCUGAGCUCUUGAAGCUGCUGAGCCGCAGCUGCACCUCAGAGAGAGAAGCCACUCAGCAUCCUCCUUCCCUGGUGUGCCCCCCCCCCGCCAUUCCCCUACGGCCACAGGAACCUGAUUCUGCCUCAGAACUGAAGCUGUGUGGCGGCGGCAGCACCUGCAUGGUGUUUAAGGUGGCAUGGAAGGAAUUCCUUUUUUUAAACUUCCUCUUCUCUUCUCGCACCCCUUGUAGAGGCAGGUCACCACUCACCCCAACACCUCUCCCCCCCCCCACUCUCUGGCCAUCCCUCUGCACUGCAGCUAAAAAAAGCCCCUCUGCGCUUUUGCCAGUGAAGCACCACAACUCCAGAACUUUGUGUGCCCCCUUAAGAGAGCCUAGUUCACUUAAUAAGCCCGCCCACAUAUUGAGGGAUGUGUGGGGUAUGCUGCUGCCUUGUCCCAGGUGCUAGCAAUCCACAGUACGCCAUUGGCUGGAGCUCAGAACCAAAUAGUUUUCAGAGAAUCUAGAGGCUGGGUGGCUUGGGGCAGCUCCAGGCAGGGAGAUGGUUUCAAAACUGUCCAUUAUCUAAGAGUAACAAGCUUAACCAAGGUGAGGAAACUGGUCUUUCCAACUUUCUUUGCCAGCAACUAACCUAAAAGAGAAAUAUUAAACUGCCAACACCCAAUCUAAUACACCCCUUAGCCUUUGCUUCUCUCAAAGAUAUUCCACAAGGCAGCUGAGGUUCUGAUGCAUGUUAGUAAUGUCUUUCCUUGGUUACACCCAAGCAAGUGUGCCUGGGGUUGCAGGAUGAGACAGAUGACAAUACAUUCACUUGUUUCAACAUUCAGAAACCAUAAAUCUGUUAUCUAAAUCUCUAUACAGGAAGGCAUAAAGAGUGAGGUUCAUUUUUCAUUGUUUCUGUAUAGGUGCUGUGGGUGACUGGAAGACUUUGUUCACUGAAGCUCAGAGCCAGGAAAUGGAUGCAAAAUUUGAAGAGUGCUUAGCAGGAACUAAACUGGGUGCAAAGCUAAAAUAUGACCAAUAUUGUAAAUUUUAA